GACAUCGGCAUCGUCAUGGCUCGAGAGGAGAAGCCCACAAACGUGGAGAUUCUGCUGUGGUACAUGUAUGAAUUCUGCUCCUAUUUCAUCCACACUGUCUUGAUUCCCAUCGUUUUCCCGCUCAUAAUCAGCCAGACCGUCUCCGCUCCCCCCGAGCCCAAGCAGGGCUGGUUCCUCAGCUUCAAGGGUCUCAACUGCAGUAAGAAGCAGAUGCAGAUUUAUGUAGCAUUGGUGCAAAGGCAGAUCAAAGUGGGAGGCAUGAGAUUCUCCCCUUUAGAAUGGACCUCCAUCUCCUGGAUCACUGGUCUCCUCCUCUCCUCCCCAUUCCUCUACAUCAUCACCCUCCGCCUCGACCACGGCCGCCACCACCAGCUCAUAGCCGCGGCUGCCACCGGCCUCGGCUCCCUCUUCUGCCUCCCCUCCGGAUUCCUCAAAAAACCGUGGAUCUUCCCUCCAUACGUGGCCGUCAUCAUGGCUGCCACCGCUGUCGUGGGUGCCUCCCACGCCCGCCACCUCGGCCUCAUGAUCACCGGUUUCACCGGUCCAUCCAUCCCAAGACAUCACUUCCUCGACCGGAGAUCCUUCGCCAGCUGGCUAUCCCUACAUUCAACCGCGGCCGGCUGCCUUGGAUCCACUGUGAUAUCAUCCUUUACUUUUCAUAUACUCAACAGGGCAGAUCAUUUCACCGCUCUGUGGGUUGUUUCCAUUUUCAGUGGCUUGAAAUGGGGGUCGGGAAUGAUCCAUGUUUUAAGCACCAGUAGAAUAGCGGCAGAGACUGCGAGUUUCCCUAGUCAUAAUAAUAAUAUCUUCUUGAUAUUCAAGUACCCUCAUGCAGCUAAGGGGCUGAUUGGUGUAUUUUUGUCUUCUUUUAUAGGGAUGUGUGUUUUUGGGGGUGGAUUACUAUAUGCAAUAGGCUACAUUUGUGUGGAGAAACAGAGUGUUUUGUAUCUAUGGCUUAUGUAUUUCUUGCUCCCUAUGUUCUCUAUCCCAUUGAUGUAUCCCCUACAACAGUUCUUGAAAUUGGAUGCUGAGAAGAUGCAGUUACUAGGAUUUAUGAUGUCCAUUUUCACCUCGGGGUUUGGAUUUUACUACCGGGAUGCUGCGUGGGGCGAAUCCCAUCUUUUCUUCUUCGCGGCCGUUCAGGGGACUUCUGCAGGGUUGAUGCAUGCGUUCGGGAGGGUGUUGUGGCUCGAUUGCUCCCCGAGAGGAAGGGAGGGUGCAUUCUCCGUGUGGUACUCGUGGGCCAGGGUGGUCGGGGCAUGUGCAGGGUUCGGCCUGGCGACUGCCAUGCCCGGGGACAUUGGUAAAGCAUUUGGAGUAUCAUUUUGUACAGGUGUUGUUGGGAUGAUUGUUGUGAUAUUUGGGAAUAUUAGUAGUUUGGGAGGAGCAGAGGAAGCUGGGCAUGUUGUGAAGAGUGAGAAUAGUUUGGAAAUGGAUGGAUUCGAGGAUGAUUCGAAGGAAUCUAUUGAUGCUUGAGAUGUUCUAACUAAUUCAUCAUUUUACCCUGUUUUUUGUAUGUUUAUUGUUAAGUUGAUGUAUAAGUAGU